ACCCGAUGCCCCCCUCCCCCACUACCACCGGGGAGGAAAAACAACACACUCCAGUGACCAGACCUUCUGGUGCGAGAUAGCUACGCCUACGCCUGCUCCUCCUCCUCCUCGGUCUCUCCCGCUGUCCACCUCCGAUCCCCUCCCCUCCUCCGCCCAUUCCCCUCGUUCUCCUCACCGCCUCCGGCCCCGAGGUCCGGCGACAGAGACACGCGGCGCAGUCGCGGGCUGGCGUUCAGCUCGCAGGUUCUUGCCCCGGAGCUCGUCCAUUCGCGACCUCGCCGCCAUCCGGAUCGGAGCAGAAGCUCGCCGCCGGCGUCCUCCGCGUCCGUCCGUCCGUCCGCUGGGGGUGGAGCCGGGAGCACAAGUGGGCUGGCGGCUUCGCCGCUGUUGCUUGUUGGUGGCGGUAGCCUCUGGAACACUCUCACUGCAGCAGUUGGCGCGGUCAGCAUGCAGUCAUAUUGGGCAGCGCUCUUCCGUAACGCCGCCAUGGAAAAGCGGGAGAUGCAUUCCUUGUGCAGCGAUUAUGCACAUAUAUUUGACUUGUCACCAGAGAAUACAAGCCUGGGCUGCUACAUCGCUCCCAAUUUGGGGCGCCUGCCUGUCUUGCUAAAACGUUCUGUCCUCCUUACUGGAAGCGCAAUUUUGACCAUUGCCAUCCGCUACAGAGCUCUGCUGGACAGAUGGAUACUGCAAAAAUGCGCCGUCACCCAGGGUGCACCUGUUCAGUCCACCAUGAUGUUGCGAUCCUGUUGGCAGGAUAGAUCCUUGCCUUUGUUUGUUGGCAUUGGUGUUCUAAUGGCAAGGUUCUGUAGCUACAUUACCAUUCAGAGUCAUAACAAUAAUCGGCAAGUCAUCCACGGCAUUGAAGCUAACCUUCAGGGCGAUUCUGUCAUUGAGAGUAACGAGUUGUGCAAUCGGCAAUCCGUCCUUCCAAGUUUGCUUGGCAGCAAGCACGAUUAUGUCCGUUUGCUGCUUCAUUUUAUUUGUAGCACUGCCAUUUUUAAGGCGCCAAAGGUCCUCAGCUUCAAGGGAAGAGGCAUACAAAAGAAUUAUGAUAUCAAUGCACUUUGGAGUAUCGUGGCGAGAAAUGGACAAUAUCUCACAUAUAUCGGAGCGUUGGUGACUCUGCAGAUAUUUCUGCAGAUAAACAGAGUGAACACCACCACUUCCCUGCUGCCAAUGCUGUUUCAAACAACAAGUUCCAGGAGCAAAGCUGCGGUUUUCAGCAAGAUGGUGAUAAUUCUGAUUAACUCAUGUGGCAUUCUUGGAUCCGCCUUCACGACAAAACAUCACGGCCGUGCGGCAACAUUAACCGUCAGCAUUGUUCUAAUGGUAUUUUGCCAGAUGGCGAUUCCAUCGAUCGUCGAAUUCCACAUGGGGCUUGGCGGUGGAAGCCGAAUGCCUCGAAUGUACACCACUGCGAUGUUCUUGCUCACCUGCGUCGUCUCCUGCGGCCUCAGUUGGUCAUGGGGCUCUAUGUUCUGGACCAUUCCUGGUAAAAAGGUCCACUCGGCUGGUCAGCUUCUGGGCAUGGCUCUGAAUUUCGCCCUCUGCUUCGCCCAGAUGCAGUACUUCCUGAUGAUGCUGUGGCGGCUGAAGAAUGCCAUCCUUGCCUACUAUGCCAUGUGGAUUUGGUCAUGAUUAAAUUAGGUUCUGCACAUAAACCAUGGCCAGGUGAUUGUGCCGUGGAGUAGCUUAGUGUAUCUACAUCUGAUGUCAUCCUUUUUCUUGGACAUAUUUUUUGUAUAGUUUUUUUCCGGUAAGAACCUUCCCAGAUGGUUCUCCUGUUAGCUUGCAGGGGUCGUAUCUGUAGUUGGUCACACUGUCUAUAUAUGUAACUAGAAGCAUACGCGCGCUUCGCUGUGCUGAUCUUCGAUGUGGCGAUUUUCCCUUACUUAUUUUUUUCUUGCA